UCACUGCCCUCUUACAGUCUACUACAUACUGCAGUCUCUUCGUUCCUUCUCUCCUCCCCUUCAAUCCACCUUUCUUCUUUUCUGUCUUUACUACGGUUCCUCAUCUUUCUCUCCGCCAUGUGAGAGCUGGAUGGUCUCCCUUUAUCAGGACUUGGAAACUGCCAGACUCUUGGACUGGAAUAUUUUUGAACUGGACUGCGUGUGCAUACACAGACGCACAGACACAUACACACGCACACACUUGGGUUGAGGAGCUUUGUGUUUUUUAUUGACAGUGGGGAACUGAGUGUGUGUGUGUGUGUGUGUGUGCGAUAGAUGAGGUGAGAGUGAGAGUGUGUGUGUUCCUCUACCUGGAGUUCUACUUGGCUCUUCGUGUUGACACUGUCGCCAUGGGAACUUUGGAGUCCUUGUGGGGAGCAGUCGAGUGCGCCUGUCGAGUCAUGGGCAUCUGUACAGCAGCAGUGCUGUGUGGGGUGGGCAUAGAGACACUUGGACUCGGGGAACACCACAGUCUUGCCGUCUACCUGCUAGUGUCCUCUGCAGGCAUGAUGCUGUUUGAGAUGGCCUUCUUCGUCGACACACUAUUGGAGAUCUGCCUCCCUUGUCCUCCAGACUGCAAGGCUAUGGUGCUAUGGAAGAGGAUGGCUCAUGUCAGCAGCUUCCAGAAGUUCAUGUACUACACCAUGAUGUCAUUACUCUGCUUCCUCCACCCCCUCAUGCUCUGGCACGCUCUUAUACCAGGCUGCAUGCUGCUGGCCACCGGCCUCCUGAACUUCCUGUUGAGCAAGCGUAAGAAGGCGGAGCCUGACGGUGGCCCCUCCAGCGAGGCCACACACACGUACUGCGACCCCUCCCGCACCGACACCGCCCUGACAGAGGAGGGCAGCACCGAGCAGACCUUCUCCUUCUUCCACGUCAUCAUGGGCUCGCGACCCACCCUGUCCCUCUCCCCCCGUGGAUUUCUGCCAAGCAACAGCCGCCUCCAGGCGCCCCCGCCUACCGUCUGUGCAGACCUGCAGGCUCAGCCCUCCCCCUCCCCAAGGACCAGAAGCAGUGGCAGUAGGAGGGGGUUCGGUUCAUCAGGCCGUGGUGGCUGUUUUGGGGGCCCCUUGACAGAGGAAGGGGCACAGGAGACUGAGAUGGAGGAGUAUGUCUAUGUGGACUCAGAGACCACCUCCGACAAGGCUCCAAUGAUACCGCCAUGAUGCCAGAUAGAGCCUAGUACAUAUAGUAUAUCCAUCAUUCCACCUUUAGCGCCUUUGCCUUCAUCUAAACUGCAUCCAGAUCAUUACGGCAUCUUGAUUCUAUUUUGAGACUGGCAAUAAAAUUAAUACAUUUUUCAGUACCACAGCUCCGCGACCCACCCAGGAUCCCUGUGUGACCCACUUUUUGGUCCAGACCCACCAGUUAAGAAAGACAACUGUAGGCCGUACAGUAGGCUACAUCAGUGGUUCCCAACCUAUGGGUCGCGACCCAACCUAUGGGUCACCAAAGAUCCACGGGGGGUCGCGAAGCCCUCUUGAUUUUAAGGGGUUUCAUUUUAAUACCAUAUGUAGCCCAUGUUUAAUGAAUGACAAUUGCAUAGAAGCAACAAAAUUUAAGUGCUACAUUAAACAUUUAUUCUGUUUUUGAACAAAGACGAAUUGAGGAACAAAAUGAUAACUAAAAUGAGUUUUCGCAGGAAACAGAGCCUAUCACGCGACUCAAUGUCAUGCGGGUGCUGGGUCACCAAAGCUCACAAUGGUAAAAAUAUGGGUCCCUGGGGAAAAAGGUUGGGAACCACUGGGCUACAUAGUAAAGAUGCAUUAGUGCACUGCUCCACAGCACCCCCCAUACCCCUUACAGUUAUAAGGGGAUAUUACAUGUCCUGACUCAUCAUAGCCCAAUGAAUGAUGUGUCAUUUCUAAACAUGAGAGAUUACACCAUUUUAACACAAUU